UACUGUGUGUUAACUAGCUUGCGUGUUUGGGAAUUUGAAAGCAGGUUGCUGUCAAGCGACACAAACACCCAGGGGAGGACACUAAACGCCGAAGUGUCUGAAAGACAUCAAUAACCGGACACCCCGCAGCUUGGAUUGGUUAGAGACGUUGUUUGAGGUCUAACUCAGAAGUUGGAUUGCAUCCGCCCCGCAAGAGGACAAGAGCUGUGAAAUAUCGGCGUCCUGUCCACGAAAGAUGAGCAAAAACCACGGAGAGCCGAGCAACCGAACUCUGAGCGCCGUGGAGGUGAAGAGCAAGUUUGGUGCAGAGUUUCGGCGGUUCUCCCUGGAGCGCUCGAAGCCCGGCCGAUUCGAUGAGUUCUACGGCCUGCUGCAGCACGUGCACCGCAUCCCAAACGUGGAGCUGCUGAUUGGGUAUGCCGACAUCCACGGCGACCUGCUGCCUAUCAACAACGACGACAACUACCGCAAGGCCAUCUCCUCCGCCCGGCCACUGCUGCGCCUCCACCUGCAGAGGAAAGAGGAGGCAGAUUGCUCGGUGUUCGGCUCCAACGCGCGGAAGAAGAAGGUGCUGCCGUGGCCCGACGGUCAGCGCCGGCGUCCGCCGGUGAUCAUCAGCGUGCCGCGUGACUUCCGGCCCGUCUCCUCCAUAAUUGACGUGGACGUCCUGCCCGAGACGCUCCGGCGCGUCCGCCUCUACAAGCACGGCUCCGAUAAGCCGCUGGGCUUCUACAUCCGGGAUGGGUCCAGCGUGCGCGUCACGCCCCACGGCCUCGAGAAGGUCCCAGGUGUCUUCAUCUCACGCGUGGUGCCCGGCGGUCUGGCCGAGAGCACCGGGCUGCUGGCCGUCAACGACGAGGUCCUGGAGGUGAACGGCAUUGAGGUGGCGGGCAAGUCGCUGGACCAGGUCACAGACAUGAUGGUGGCCAACAGCCACAAUUUGAUCAUCACGGUCAAGCCCGUCAACCAGUGCAACAACGUGGUGCGGAACAGUGGGUCGUUUGGUGGCACGGCCGGCAGCAUCGGCCAGCAAGGCUACUCCUCCACUAUGGCUACGCCUGACAUUCUUGUCACUCAGAACUUCUUGCCUGAGGAAGUGGAGUCAGACGAGGAUGAGGAGGAUCUGGUGGUGGAGAUGGGCACACCCAUUCAGGACGACACACCCACAGUGCCCCUCUAUAGGCCACACUUGGGCCUGAGAUCCAAUGGCAGCUCGGUCUCACUCAGUUCACCCAGGAGCGAGGAGGAGGGGGCAGUCAUAACGCUGUAGACACACACACACACACACUCAC